ACAAGUGAAAAUGGCAGUCUUCCGGGUGGUGCUCCUUGCCGUAACCCUUGCGACUGUUAAUGGUUUCCAAGCUUACCUUCCCUCUUCCGUGCCAAGACGUGCGCAUGGCCGAUCAUGUUUCUUGAGGAGCAACAGACGUGUAGCUGUUGGCAGCUUGAGGAUGGGAUACCUCGAUGACUUGGAUCCUCCGAAAGCCAAGACCACCGAUGGCAAGGGAAACCAGAUCAUGCCUGACAUGGACUACAAGGGCUUCAUCGAUGGAGAAGGUUUCGAUGGAGGAGACGGUCAGGUUGGUGUCGUCGGUGACGGAAAGAACGCGAUGGAGGAGUUCGAGGAUCGAAUGGUCAUUGACAACUCGAUCGGAGGAGCUGGCAGAGGAAAAGUUGCUGGAGGAUCUAGCGGCAACCGUAUUGACAAGCGUUGGAAUGCGUGGGGAGCAGACAGCACGGACAACUCAGUCAAGGAUCAGCUCAAGGCAGAUGGCAUGGUUGACAUCGACAUCUUCACUGGAGAGGACAAGAAACAGGUGCAGAGGCAGCAGUAUGAGAACUGGUUCAACCAGCAGAAACAAUGGCAAGCUGAGAGGAAGUUGAGGGAUCAGAUGGAAGCUCUGAACAACGGGAAGAGGCAGAAGGACACGGAUGAUUACAAGUCACUUCUCAACAAGGGUGUCACCAGCGAGACUUUGAACGAGGAUGAGCUGGAGAAUGUCAUCUUCGCUACUGGGGCGAAAGGAAUCGACAACACUGAGAUCCUGAAGAAGAACGACUGGAAGCCGGUGAAAGCUGGAUUCCGUAUCGAUGGAGAGUUCGAGAUCAUGGGACAGGGCUUGGCGACUAUUCCCGUCGAGCCGAAUUCGAUGGUCUCCGAGCAGUACAUCGCUCGUUUCACGGAAGACUCUGCUCCCGAGUUCGUUGUUGCAAAGACAGGCUAUGACCUUGGUGAGAGAGAGGUCACUGGCGCGCUUCCUCGACGAGGAAAUCCUGUUGAGUUCACAGUCCGCUUCAACCCCAGCGGUCCCGUCGCCGAACCUAAGCUGGCUACCCUUGUGAUCGACACAGAGGACAACUGGAAGUGGACUUUCAAGAUCACUGGCAGAACCUAAGGCUCCAGCUGGAGGCGAAGGAGUCAAGCAUGCUACUUCUCAUCGCCUAGAACAUUUGUAGACCGAAUUCACCUAGAUUGUGCGAGUGAUUGUUAGUAUUUUUAUCACUUCAAACAACUAUGUGUCCAG